UACUCCUUGGCAUCUCUACCAUUCUCUCUCCACCGUUCUUCCAGGACGACCACGGCUCCCUCUAGCCCCGUCGUGUGCAUCGUGCCGACUGACCCACCGACUCGUCGUCCUCCUCGAAGAUGAUGAUGAAUGAAGAUAAUGUUGCAUCGCUAGCAAAGGAGGCCACCAUCCUGAUGGACAAUGAAGCCGACCUGAUGUGUGCGUCGCAACGUUUCAUGCAGCCUCUGCCUCCUCAAACCAAGUACCCGCCGCACCCCAAGUGGAUCGGGGAGAAGCAUUGGCCGCUCAACGCGUCCAACUCGAAGGAGCUCGUUAUGGGAUUCCGUCUUGACCGAAUGGUGACGCCGGCUGCAGCACUGCAAACACCUGGCGGCCUCGGAGUAAGCCUCAGUAUGGGUGAGUUUAAGAAACUUCUUGAUCCGGAACUCGUUGAGCGGAUCAAAGAUUUCUUGAAGGGGAACGAUCCGGCGACGACCGUAAGAUUAAGCGACUCUGCCCUUCUCAAGUGUAUUAAUAUGCCUAAUCAAGGCAAUAUUGUGAAGAUUGAAAAGAAUCAAUCGGGUCUGGACACCUUCAUCAGUCUGGGGGAUGUAACCAUUCAGAAGUUGUUUUCUUUGAGUGAAGUGCUGACUUUUGACGCUAUGCGUUUCGAGGACGGUCAAUGUUCAAUGGCGAAAUGUGUUGUCAACAUGUUGAGAGGCAUUCGGGACAUGAUUCCUCCUGAAUGUCAACUCGUUGAACCAUCGCAGACCAUGCAGUUUGUUAAGCAGGCCGGUCUUGAAGCUUUAAAGGCGCGGGAAAGAGGGGAGCCGGAGAGUGUCGCCUUGUGGGGUAUUCGGGAAGACCUGUUGUUCCGCAACUUUGAAACUGUCAAUCUGAUGGUGUUUGAUCUCUCUCGUGAGCCGCUGUAAACGCUUGUGCGUGUUUGUGUGUGUGUGUGUGUUUGUUUGUUUUUAUUUUUUUUUUGUGGUGUCCAUAUAUCGCACCAGCUUGUGAAAGAAAGAAAGAAAAAAGAAAGAGUUUUUAUUUUCUUUAUUUAUCCAAUGGGGUUUUGGUUGGUUAAGGGCUUGAUUAAGAAUAUAUGAAACGUGUGAAAGAAAGAA